UGCACUUGUCGUCGAGGUGCGUCAGGGGCGACGACUCUCCAGGGGUCGUAUGGGCCCCGGCGUACCCGUUAAGGGUUAAUAAUCGCAAAUCCUAAUGGCGAAAUACGGAGUGAGAAUAGCUUGAGCUACCUCAUCCCUUUUUUACAAUGGCUGGGAUAAUGGAGCGAGUGUUCCCAGUGGGGUCCAGCCUUAGGGCAAUGGACGAACUACGCAGCAGAAAGUUUUCUCCGGUUCCAACGAGUUGCAUCAUAGGACCUCCUUGCUCCAUGAAGACUGCAUUGCUUAUGCAAGCAGCAGUGACAGAAGGGGCCGGAGGGGGACAGGUGCUGUUCGUAGCACCCAAACGACUUGACAGUCUUCCUCCCAGUGUUCAUGGUAUGCCCCGUGCUUCAACAUCUACUAUGAAUAACAUAAAGUUCCUGUAUGCAAAUCACACAUCCGAGCUUCAAGGAUAUCUUGCAUCUCUCCACAUGAUCCCUGCUAAAGACAGACCCACACUUAUUAUCAUCGAUGAUCUUCAUUACUACACCACACCCCAAGAUUAUGGGUCUGUUUGUACAAUAGAUACAGCAACACAGAUGGCUAACGCUGCAAGGCUCCUCUCUCUGGCUCAGGAGUCUGCAGAGUAUUGCAACACCUCUCGUACCAGUGGCAGAGACAGCAGCUCACAACAUAGUACAUCCUGUCAGUGUAGUGUUCUUGUCUCUUGGACGCACCAGAACUCUAACACCUUGAAGCUCAACGAGUUGGAAGCAUCUGCCAAAGAUUUUUGUCACGAUGUUUGGAUUAUGCAAUUAAAUAAGGAAAAGCACAAGGGUUCAGCAGAAUAUCUUUUAGUAGAACAAUCAGGACCCAGCUGCACUAUAUCAUUUUCAGCUCGUAACUCUCCACCAUCACAACACCUCCUCCUGCACCAAGUCACUCUGGAAGUUGAAAAAACAGAAGAUUUGCUGGAAAAUACACAAACCAAAGACCAAAAAUCACACGAAAAAUGACAUUGAAAAUGUGGCAGUAAAGGUUUAUCUGGUGUAUUGCAGGUAGGCUUAUCCUUGGGACACUUACUCCACCAGGUGUAGGUAAUCAACUCAAUGCCUUUUUUUUUUUCAGUACACUGAUUUUGGUUAUACCAAUAGUAUUCCAUACAGUUCCCAGUGCAUAUCUCAAAUGCUGGUCCAGAAUGAUGUCCAUCCUACCCACCAGAAAUUUUAUAAGACUUCACAGUGGAGCCCACUCAAGUGUACAAAAAUUACCAUUUAAUGUGUAGUUACGUUGCACAUGAAAAUACAUUCUAAAACAGUUGCAGGUAGCAGCGAUAAAAUUGCUAUCUGAAAAUAACUUUCUGAAUGUGACAAACUACCAUUAUGGCAAGGUUGAUUUUUAAUUUUUCCAUUUCUAUCUUGCAACUUUGUUUUACUAAAGUAAUUAUUGCAAUUUUUUUUAAUAUGUACCAUGGAAAGUAAUGUAUAUAAGUACAAUAGUGUAUAGCUGCAGAUUAAAAUAACAUGAAUGACCACAUGAGGCACAUAACUUUUGCAGCACCAUUAGCCUGAACCCUUUGGCUGUAACACCUAUCUUGCACUUUCCCCACCACACAAGGGCUAAAGCAACCAUAAAACUAAAUUUUGAUAA